UGAACUUGAAGGUAGCACAUUUCCUGUCUCCACAGGAACACAAACCCGUGGUCAGACAGGCGGCAGAAUACGGAACACAGCGGCGCAACCCUCCAGACAAAACAACGGUCAACCCACACUAUCAGUUGUUUGCAGCUAUUUAUGUCGUCUAUGUAGGUUAUUAGUCUGCUAAUGUAAACAACACAGACAUGACAGCGACUGUUCAGAGCUGCGCAACGGGUUGAGACUGUUUUGACUGCGAGUAAACUAUCCAGAGCCACCGCACCCCCCACACGGAAUCUCUCGGGUACUCGCCUCCAGCUGCGGCGGCGGUAUCGGGUAUCCUAAUGGCGGACCCAAGAGCAGCAGCUACCGGGAACUCCGAGGAGGAGAAGACGGAGCAUGUAAACGACGCAGAGCUGGCUCUGAAAGGAAUCAAUAUGCUGCUCAACAACGGAUUCAAGGAAAGUGAUGAGCUCUUCAAGACAUACAGGAACCACAGUCCUUUGAUGAGUUUCGGUGCRAGUUUUGUGAGUUUUCUGAACGCUGUAAUGACAUUUGAAGAGGAGAAAAUGCAGACGGCCUUUGAGGACCUCAAAUCCACAGAGCGACUGUGUGAGAGUGAAAAUGGCAGCGUUAUUGAAACCAUUAAAAACAAGAUAAAGCGGAGCCAGGUGGACUCCCAGAGGUUGGGAAUGGCUGCUGUGGACCGACUGCAGCGGCAGAUCAUCAUUGCAGACUGCCAGGUCUACCUCGCRGUUCUGUCUUUCAUAAAGCAAGAGCUGUCAGCAUACAUCAAAGGAGGCUGGAUCCUCCGCAAAGCAUGGAAGAUGUAUAACAAAUGUUACAAUGACAUCACACACCUACAAGAAGGCAACAGAAGGGCCUCCGAACAGCAAGCGUCGUCCUCUCUGUCAUCCUCCUCGGCCUCCUCCUCCAGCCACAGCCGAUCCUCCUCACCCGGAACGAGCCAGUCUCAGAGACUGGACGGCGUCAGCCCGGAGGUUCUGGACCGGCUGAAAGGAUCUGUCAGCUUCGGCUAUGGCCUUUUCCACCUGUGCAUCUCCAUGGUGCCGCCUCACCUUUUGAAGAUCGUCAACCUGCUGGGCUUCCCCGGAGACCGCGAUCAAGGCCUCUCGGCUCUCACGUAUGCCAGUGAAAGUAAGGACAUGAAGGCCCCAUUAGCUACUCUUUCUCUGCUGUGGUACCACACGGUGGUGCAGCCCUUCUUUGCUCUAGAUGGCUCAGACACACAAGCAGGCCUAAUGGAGGCAAAAUGCAUACUUAAACAAAGGGAGGCCACAUAUCCAAACUCCUCUCUCUUCAUAUUUUUUAAAGGAAGAGUUCAACGCCUCGAGUGCCAGAUCAAUAGUGCCUUGACUUCCUUCAAUGAAGCCUUAGACCUGGCCUCUGACCAGAGGGAGAUUCAACAUGUGUGUUUAUAUGAAAUAGGCUGGUGCAGCAUGAUUGAACUGAACUACACCGAAGCCUACAGGGCCUUUGAGCGACUGAAGGCGGAGUCUCGCUGGUCGCAGUGCUACUACGCCUACUUAACAGGAGCAUGCCAAGGAGCCACAGGUGAUCUGGAGGGCGCUGUUGUGACCUUUAAAGAUGUUCAAAAACUUUUCAAACGCAAGAAUAAUCAGAUAGAGGUGUUUUCUUUGAAGAGGGCUGAGAAGCUCCGGAGUCCAGGUCUGUCCAAAGAGCUCUGCAUCUUGUCUGUGAUUGAGAUUCUCUAUCUGUGGAAAGCCCUGCCCAACUGCUCCUCUGCCAAGCUGCAGACAAUGACUCAUGUUUUGCAGGGGAUUGAAGAUGCGUCAUGCACCGACCUGAAAAACCUGCUUCUUGGAGCCAUUAGCAGAUGUCUCCUCAAUACUAAAGAUGCUGUGCAGUAUUUCCGUCUGGCUGCGAGCGACGAGGUUGGACGUCAGUGCAACUCCUACGUGCAGCCCUACUCCUGCUAUGAACUGGCCUGUGUCCUGCUAAAUUCCCCAGAGACUGCAGAGAAGGGCCGAAUGCUAUUGCUYCAGGCUAAGGUACUCGAAGGAUUUAUAGUUUUGACUUCUUGUCUUUUGCUUUGUGAAUUCUUUAGUUUCAUGCAGUCCAGUUGUUUUCAUGUGCUCAAAAAGUCUUUGGAGUUAAAGUAAUCUGACUCUCAUAUUCCAAUGAGCUCAACAAUUGACUGGAGAAGCAGUUUGUAAAAAUGAACUAAAAAKAAAUUCUUAGGAUUUGCUUCUUAGAAACAUAAGAAGCAGAUAAACCUGUAAAGAAGCAGGACUGCGUUUGCACCACUCGAGUUGAAAUUGGUGUCAGGUUUAGUGAUCUGGUGUUGAAUUAAAACAAUGCGUUUCAAGUCACAUUGUCCCUGAAAACUGGAAUGGUUUGGCCCAUAUAGCAAAUUAGUGGGAAGCAAAUUUAUUGUACAAAUAAUUUUGCUCAAAGAAUGUGACAGUAUCUAUAUGCUUUUUGAGCAAAUGAAAAAAAUAUAUUKUUUCAUUUGUCCCCAAGUGCAUAGAGAACAAAUGAACAAGUAAGUGCUUAUGUUUGUCAGUGAUCUACAGCUGGUUGAAGCUAUUAGGUUUUAUCCGGAUGUAAGGGGGAUGCAUAUUUACUAAGAAAAUUUCUAAAGUAUGUYGUUACUUCCUCAUUUGCCUUGUGAAAUGGGGAWGUGUGUCUAGUUCAGAUCCUCUCACUAGUGUUGGCUUGGUUUMAUAGCUACGCUUGAAUCCAAACGAUGAAACACUAUUCUCAAUGUUUCAACUGGAUUUCUGAUCUGUUUUUUUUUUCUCCACUCAUUUCGACUUUAAUCUUAAAUGAGUUGGCAAAAAAAAAACWAAAAGUUCUUCCUUUUUUUUUUUGCCCCCAGACUAUCUGUCCCUUCUUAUCAUCCUAUUACACGUUUCAAAUGACUUUAAUUGCUUGCUCAGACCUUGGUGCAGUUCAUCCGUCUGGUGUUCUACCUCCUGCAGCUCCAUUGACUGUGUUCUUGUAUUAGCAGCUAACAUUGACUGAGCCCAGAUCUCUCGCUCCCUUUAGCUAUAAAAUCACUGUGAUCAAAUUGAUGCACCAACAUCUAAACUGAACACAAAUGGAGUCAGAUUCCUGUAUUCCUCUAUUUUUAAUGAAUCUGCUUUUAGCUGAUUGACCGGCGGGGGCAUUGAUCUGUUUGUGCUGAUGCAGAAGCUCGGUAAAGGUCCAAGCCAUGAAGAUGAAGGGAGAAUUUAUUCAUUGACUCUUUCUGGAUCUUUUUAUACAGGAGGACUAUGCCGGCUAUGACUUUGAGAACAGGCUCCAUGUGCGAAUUCACUCCGCGUUCGCCUGUAUGAGCCCAGCCCAGCCUUGAUGUUUGAUCAGCACCUUAAACAAAAUGGCUCCCUGAGAAUCGGAUUACAAGUGUGAACCCUAUUGUUUUACUGUGUUUUUAUUACAGUGUUAUGAGCCAAAACGCCUCCAUGGAACAUGAACAAAUGAUUCACGGAGGAACCUUUUAGGUUUACAGACCUGUUGCUGUACUGCACAAUACAUUAGCACAUUUGAAUUWAUUUUUUUUAUGUUGUGGGUGGUUUAUUUUAAAAGAUAGAGGGUUGUUUGGUCAAAAAGUCUACAUAUUUAUGAGAUUUGAGGCGAAUUUGUCAAAUGUGCCCUCGUAUCACAGCAAGUAAUGCCAAGUAAAGACACUGCACAUGUAAAGUAUCAUUCAAAUAAACAGAUUAACUAAUUGUGCUUGAUGCUGAUAUGACCUUAGCCUUGGUUUCUUGUUGUGAAAAAAGUUUGCUAAUCCAUAGACAUAAGUAACUGGUCCUACUUGGAGCAGAUUUGUUCUUUUUUUUAUGUAAAUAUGUUUUGAAUACAUUUAGUACAUGUGCAAAGAUUGUUCCACUUCUAAGUGGUAUAAAUGCACAAUAAUUAUAUUUACUGUCAACAGGUUUUACUGUGUAUUUGUUACAAAAUUAAUAAAGACAAUGUUAUUAAAUGGAA